AUGAAGUUCUCUACUGCCGUUUCUGCUAUUGCUCUUGGCUUCGCCUCGGUUACUUCCGCCAUCACUGUAUCAUACGACACCGGCUACGAUGACACCAGCCGCUCUAUGACGGCCGUCUCCUGCUCUGACGGCGCAAAUGGUCUGAUCACCAAGUACGGCUGGCAGACGCAAGCCAACAUCAAGACACCCUACUACGGCGGCUACCAGGGUGUUGCUGGCUGGAACUCUCCCCAGUGCGGGACCUGCUACAGCCUGACCUACAACGGCAAGACCAUCUACGCGCUCGCCGUUGACCACACCGCCGCCGGCUUCAACCUCAACAAGAAGGGUCUCGAUGCCCUCACCAACAACCAGGCCACUCAGCUAGGUCGUGUGGACGCCCAGUACUCCCAGGUCGCCCUGAGCAACUGCGGCCUGUAG